GAUAUUGUGGUGAGCAGCAUCUGAUUACACAGAGACGCCAGUAGGCAUCGGAGGGAGGGAAGACACUUAUUAUCUAACAGCUAAAACAAUUCAACCUCCCUCCUCUGCAGUCCUGAAGAAAACAAUUUACUCUUCAUCACAUUAAUCAGGAAAUACAACUUUUAUUCUUUUUAAAAAACCGAGGAGAGAGCAGGAACAACACCGAGCAGAGAAGAGGAGGAGGAGGAGGAGGAGGGCUUCGGGUCGGAUACAUGGCUGAGGGGGACCGACGGGUGACUGCGGAGGAAACUUGCAAGAUGUCGCAGUUCGCGGAGGCUUAAAAAGGAGGACUAUUUUUCUGAAGGAAGGGUUGAAUCUGUCUGUCGGUACAGGAGAGAGAGAGACAGUCGGACAGAGCUCCAGGAAGAUCUGUUUUUAGGGGUUUGUUCCUCCAGGUCGGAGAGAAACAGGCCCGAGGAGACAAAGGCUGUCUUCUGUUGGACAUCUGUCCAUCUCUAUUUUCAUCUCUGAUAAGUCUUUUCUGUAGCCGCCAUCAUUCCGUGCUGCAAGGCCGACCCCAAAAUGUCUUCCAAUGGAGACCUCAGCGACCUGGGCAGCUCUGACAGCUUCUGGGAGCCGGGGAACUACAAAAGGACGGUGAAGCGGAUAGACGACGGUCACCGGCUGUGUAACGAGGUGGUCAGCUGCUUCCAGGAGAGGGCGAAGAUAGAAAAGAGCUACGCUCUGCAGCUGAGCGACUGGGCCAAGAAGUGGAGGGGUGUCGUGGAGAAAGGUCCUCAGUACGGUACGCUGGAGAAAGCGUGGCAUGCCUUUAUGCAGGCGGCCGAUCGGCUCAGCGAGCUGCAUCUGGAGCUUCGGGAGCGGCUGGCGGGCGAGGACAGCGAGAAGAUGCGCAACUGGCAGAAGGACGCCUUCCAUAAGCAGAUGAUGGGAGGCUUCAGGGAGACCAAGGAUGCAGACGACGGCUUCCGCAAAGCACAGAAACCCUGGGUCCGCAAACUGAAAGAGGUGGAUUCCAGUAAGAAGACCUACCAUCAGGCCAGGAAGGAGGAGUGGACGGCGGUUACCAGGGAAACACACGCGAAGGCCGACCCGACCAAGUCGCAGGAGGAAGUCCGCAAAUACACCACCCGGGUGGAGCGCUGCAACCAGGAGGCCGAGAAAAUGAAGGAGCGCUACACGAAGGCCCUGGAGGAGCUGAACCGCUGUAACCCUCGCUACAUGGAGGACAUGGAGCAGGUGUUCGACCUCACCCAGGAGGCCGAGCGUGAGAGGCUGCGCUUCUUUAAAGAAGUCCUGCUGGACAUCCACACACACCUCGACCUGUCCGCCAAAGAAGGGUUCAAAAGUCUGUACCGGGACCUGGGUCAGACCAUCCAAGCAGCCAAUGACGCUGAGGAUCUCAGAUGGUGGAGGAACACCCACGGACCGGGCAUGAGCAUGAACUGGCCACAGUUUGAGGAGUGGUCUCCGGAGGCGAGCCGCUCCAUCAGCAGGAAGGAGCAAAGUAGGCACUCCGAGGACAACGUGGUCACUCUCACCAACAUCGUCUCCUCAGGCGGAGGCGACGUCCCGCCGAGUCCCAUCACCCUGGACACCGGCAGGGUGAAAGAUUAUUCGUCAGACUGGUCAGACGACGAAAGUCCUAAGAAGGUUCUGGCUGUGAACGGUGUGGGGGAGGCGGAGGACGAGGAGGAUCAGGUAGAGGGGGUGCGAGUCCGAGCGCUCUAUGAUUACACGGGCCAGGAGGCCGAUGAGCUCAGCUUUAAAGCAGGCGAGGAGCUGCUGAAGCUGGGAGAGGAGGACGAGCAGGGCUGGUGUAAAGGACAGGUGAGCAGCGGCCAGGUCGGCCUCUACCCCGCCAACUACGUCCAGGUGGUCGCUUCCUGAUGUCCCGCCCUCUCUGGUCACACAGCCAAUGGUACAACUACACUCAAGAUGCCAGGACCAAUCAAAAGCUAUUAGUGCUGACAUGUAGACACGUCCUCGGUGAAACCAGACAGUUUUUUGGUUGCUGACUGUAAAACAUUUUUUUUUUUUUUUCUGUUGUUUGAGCUUCGUUUGUGAAAAUCAGCCAGUGGAAAAGUCCACUUGUUGUGAAACGCUGUUUACUCAGCCUGAGGUCAACGACAUUGUUGUUUUGAAAGAAGCUUGAACGGACUGUAGAAAAACAUGGACGCCACUCAUCGAUUUCUGACUGGACCUUUUAUCGCACUCUGGAUUUUUUUUAUUUUUUUUUCUCACUCGCUGCCAUCAUUUUCCAUCAGUCAAAUAAUUUACAUUUAAUCAAAGAAGACCGAGCCUGGGUGGAGCUGAGGUGGGAUGAGCAGCAAUGAGCAACCACCACACCUGACUGUGGUUGGCUGAAACAUCUGUCAAUCAAUUGAAAACAAAACAUGCUUCUUUUUAAAGAAGUAGUUUUGACAGUUUGGGAAAUCCGCUUUCUUGCAGAGUUAGAUAAGAAGAUCAAUACCUCUUCUACCACACGGUCUUUCAGAGGCUGUAGUGGGCUCAGUUUAUAAACUAGGGUGAAGAUACUGGUAUGAUAUGAAACUAAAAGACUUGAUUGGUACCAACCAUGUCAUGCUUGACUAAUCGUUGCUAAUCCAACGCAGUUUUUCGCAUGCGGGAUAAAAGAUGAACAAUUGAUGAAGAAAAUAUUUGUUUUUGAUUAAACUUUUACCUAAAAACUGAAUAUGUGUAAGUUAAAUACAACUCCCAAGGUGCAUUUUUGUUACCUUUGGACAGAGCCAGGCUAGCUGUUUCCCCCUGUUUCCAGUCUUUAUGCUAAGCUAAGCUAACCAGCUGCUAGUCUUUUAUUAAAUAUGAGAAAUGAAUCGAUCUUCACAUCUAACUCAUGGCAGGAAAGUGAGUAUUUCCCUAAAUAUCAAGCUAUUUUUUAAGACUUGUCAUCAUUAAAUCAACUCAUUAAGAGAAGUGAAAUAAACCUGAUGAUGAUUCAUUUUGAAUUUUAUUAGAUUAUUUCGGUGCAGUCUUUAAGUUUUCUUGGAUCCCGCUGUGGUGGUUGUUUUUUAUAUAUAUAUAUAUAUAUAUACUGGGUCGUUGCUGCUUGAAUCAUAAAUAUGGAAAAAAAAAAACAGAGACAGACUGUCAGUGCCUUAGUCUGAGGCCAGAAAUGUUACAGCGCCGCCCUGCUGUCUGACCAUGGAACUACAGACGUCUGCUGUGUGACGGCCUCCAGUCUGAUCCCAGUAGAAACCAGUAGAUCUCCUGUUACCUGGACUUUAAAAUGUUUAACCUUUGACUGUGCAGGCAGCGUUUGAUUGGCUGUAAACCUUUCAUGCUCCUCCCGCUCUGCAUUUAGCUUGACGGCGGUAUGCUUCGGUUAUUUUGUAGAUUUUUAGGUGUGACACUGAAUUCACUUUCUUUCUUUUUUGAUUUUUUUUUUUAAAUGUGAUCGCUGUAUGUUUAUAUUAAGUCAAAUGAUUUUGAUUAUGGGUGGUUAAACUGUUGCUACCUGUUUCUUUUUUUUUUUUUUUUUUUUUUUUAAGAAUAGCAUUUUUACAGUCAACUUAUUUACUUUCUAAUUUAUUUUCCUCUUUAAUUUAGCAAUCAUUCUUCAUUUUAGACUGACUAAGGCAGGGAGAGUAAGGUUGACUGUUAGAUUUGGGUCAUUUUAACCUGUGGAAGGUGGUUUGUUGCUCCUUUUGCUUUGCUGUGCUGGGAUCAUGAAGCACACGCACCAACAGAAAUCUAAAAUAAGUGAUAAUAUGUUGUCCGGUUUUGGGUUUUCGUGUUUAAGUUUGUGGUUUGUGUUUGAGGGAGCCUUCUCCGCCUGCUGAUCUGAGCAUCGCUACAGCUAACGCAUGUAGACGUCCAAAUAAUAAGAGAGAUAAUAUAGAAAUUAACGCUACUGUGCUGCUCCUUUUUGAUUCUUUCCUUUUCUUUACAAACCUGUAACAUGUUCAUUACGUAAAGUGGGGAGCAAUAAUAAAGAGCUUUCUGCAGCUGGAA